AGCCAUUCACGUAAACAGAUUGGAGCGUCUGCAAUUUGAUCUGGAACCUCUUGAAUUGACUUGGCGGUCUCUAGAGCUAAUAAGGUUUUAAUUUUGAUCAUUUAAACCUUUUAUAAUCAUGGCAGAUGAUGAAUUUGAUCCAGAUGACGUCAAUGACGAUUUCGAAGAUGUCGAAGAAGACGAUAACAUGGAUGAAAUGGAACAGCCAGAUGAAGAUGCCCAAAUUGAUUUACUUCAGCAGGGGGAAGGAGGAGCAGGUCAACUUCAAACUAAACGUAUUACAACACCAUACAUGACAAAGUAUGAGAGAGCUAGAGUUUUAGGAACCAGAGCAUUACAAAUAGCUAUGUGUGCACCCGUCAUGGUUGAACUGGAGGGUGAAACUGAUCCCCUUCAGAUUGCCAUGAAGGAAUUGAAGCAAAAGAAAAUCCCAAUCAUCAUUCGCCGCUACCUCCCUGAUGGAAGUUAUGAAGACUGGGGAAUAGAUGAACUUGUAAUCAAUGACUGACCAACAUAUAAUACACUAAGAUGUCUUUUUGA